CGAGUGUGUUAGUUUAGUUAUCCAAUAAAGUGUCUGGAAUCCAAAAGUUUUAAAAAUAUAUUAAAUAAUGAGUGUUAAAACUGGUUCAAACGUGUGUCCAACUACAGAAGAAAGAUCGGGAAACGUUCGAGAGGUAGGAUCUCAAGCAGUCUGGAGUCUAUCAUCCUGUAAACCUGGGUUCGGAGUAGAGCAGCUGCGGGAUAAUUCUAUGGAAACUUACUGGCAAUCGGAUGGUCAGCUGCCGCAUUUGGUCAAUAUUCAGUUUCCAAGGAAAACCACAGUAAGCCAAAUUUACAUAUACUCUGAUUAUAAAUUAGAUGAAAGCUAUACUCCAAGUCGCAUUUCAAUACGGUGCGGAACGCACUUCAACGAUCUGCAAGAAGUUGAGGUGGUAGAUCUAUGCGAACCGUCCGGCUGGGUGUGCAUUCCCAUCAAAGAGGUACGUGACAUUCCGAUGCGAACAUUUAUGAUACAAAUUGCCGUAAUCAGUAACCAUCAAAACGGGCGUGAUACGCACAUGCGGCAAAUUCGCGUUCAUUCUCCAACGGAAGGUACGACCUAUCCGCUGGAGCAGUUUGGUCCUUUUAGUACAAUAGAAUUUCAACAGUUCCGAACAAUACGGUAGCUA